AUGACUCAGUCUCCGGAAUCCAUUGUGAAAUCCCCGGGAGACACAAUUACCAUCCCAUGUACGUCCAGUGAAGAUCUUUACCACACUAAUGCUAAAUAUAUUACUUUAAGCUGGUACCAACAAAAGCAGGGAAAACCUAUAAGUCUUCUUGUCCAGAAAGCAACAGAAAGAUAUACUGGGGUCCCAGAGAGGUUUGUUGGAUCGGGAUCUGGAACAAAUUAUCAUCUAACAAUCAAUGGAGCGAAAGAGGAAGAUGAGGGAUCUUAUUACUGUAUGCAACACCGAAAGUGGCCACUCACACAGUGA